CCGCCCGCCGCCCGCCGCCCGCCGCUCGCCGCCGCGGCCCAGCCGUCCCGCCGCCCGCGCCCGGCAGCGAUGGCGUCGCUCACCGUGAAGGCCUACCUUCUGGGCAAGGAGGACGCGGCGCGCGAAAUCCGCCGCUUCAGCUUCUGCUUCGGCCCCGAGCCCGAGGCGGAGAUGGAGGCGGAGGCGGCGGCCGGGCCCGGGCCCUGCGAGAGGCUGCUGAGCCGGGUGGCCGCCCUGUUCCCGGUGCUGCGUCCCGGCGGCUUCCAGACGCACUACCGCGAUGAGGAUGGAGACUUGGUUGCCUUUUCCAGUGACGAAGAACUGACCAUGGCAAUGUCCUAUGUGAAGGAUGACAUCUUCCGCAUUUACAUUAAAGAGAAGAAGGAGUGUCGGCGGGACCACCGCCCCCCAUGCGCUCAGGAGGCACCACGUGGCCUGGUGCACCCCAAUGUGAUCUGUGACGGUUGCAAUGGGCCAGUGGUGGGGACCCGCUACAAGUGCAGCGUCUGCCCGGACUAUGACCUGUGUGCUGCCUGUGAGGGAAAGGGCCUGCAUCGGGAGCAUAGCAAGCUUGUCUUCCCCGGCACCUUUGGGCCCUUCUCAGAGGGCUUUUCUCAUAGCCGCUGGCUCCGAAAGCUGAAACACGGGCACUUUGGGUGGCCUGGCUGGGAGAUGGGCCCACCAGGGAACUGGAGCCCGCGUCCUCCCCGGGCUGGGGAUGCCCGCCCUGGCCCUGCAGCAGAAUCAGUUUCUGGUCCAUCGGAGGAUCCCAGUGUGAAUUUCCUCAAGAAUGUCGGGGAGAGUGUGGCGGCUGCCCUGAGCCCUUUGGGCAUCGAAGUGGACAUUGACGUGGAACACGGAGGGAAGCGAAGCCGCCUCACCCCCGUCUCGCCAGGUGGCUCCAGCACGGAGGACAGGGGAAGCUCUCAGCCCAGCAGCUGCUCUUCCGAUCCCAACAAACCCGAUGUGGAUCGGGAUCCGGAGGGCACCGCACAGGCGCUAGCUGAGCAAAUGGACAAGGUUGCCCUGGAGUCGGGGCCGCCCGAGGAACAGAUGGAGUCUGAUAACUGCUCAGGAGGAGACGAAGACUGGACUCAUUUGUCUUCAAAGGAAGUGGACCCGUCCACAGGUGAACUGCAGUCUCUACAGAUGCCUGAAUCCGAAGGGCCCGGUUCCCUCGGCUCUUCUCAGGAAGGGCCCACAGGACUGAAGGAGGCUGCUCUGUACCCGCAUCUGCCACCAGAGGCUGACCCCCGGCUGAUCGAGUCGCUCUCCCAGAUGCUGUCCAUGGGCUUCUCUGAUGAAGGUGGCUGGCUCACCAGGCUCCUGCAGACCAAGAACUACGAUAUUGGGGCGGCCCUGGACACCAUCCAGUAUUCAAAGCAUCCGCUGCCGUUGUGACAGCUUUCACUCUCUGUUCUGUCCCCCUUCUUGACUCCUAGUUGUGAUGAGAUAGUGUAGAACAGCCGGGCCUCUCUGGUGGCCAGUUUUUUUGCAUUCUUCUUCCAGAAUCUGGGGGGCGGGGAUGCAUGCAGCCCUAGAGGGCCACAGAACAGGUGACAGGAGGGGGAGGCCUGAGUGCGGGUGCUGAUGGCCACGCAGCAUUUCCCAGCUUUCCCGGGGUGUCCUGAAGCUUCCGGGGGGGGGGGGGCGCUUGUCAGGGAGGACGGGGAGGGCAGAUAGCAUAUUCCUGCUCCACCCACCCCACCCCUAUCCCUCCUCUCCCUGGAUUACACCAGCAGUCCACAGCGUCUUGCCUAUGGCCUUCUGUUUUUUUUUUCCUUUUCAAUGACAAAUAGUAGGCUGACCUGUAGUUGAUUUUGUGCUAGAAACCUGAUCGGCUCCAAGUUUAGACUGAGUACAACCAACAUCCUGUUGGCUGGGGUAGGAGCGGGUCCUGGAGGGCAGGGCAGUCCCAGGACUGGGCUUCUGGAAUCCCGUGGUCCUGAGGGGCCAGUGCUCACAGAAUGCUGUCUGCUCCAUAACGACUCUACCCUCAUUUCCGAACCUGUUGCUUUUAAAAAGGAGAUCCCUUUGUAACCAUCCUAUUGCUAUGUUGUAAACAACCUGUAAUUAAAUGGUAAAAGCACUUUAAUCAAAGAUGCUGCAACCAGAGAUGA